UUUGUUUACAUUUUUUAGCAUAUGUUCGUGGUUAGAUUUCACUCAGCGAUGCAUGGUGAAGAUCUGUUAAACAUCGUUCAUAAACAUAUUCACAUUAUCAAGGCGUGUUAGCAGGGACAGUAUUUUUGUGUUUGUUUGUUUUUAUUACCGCACAUUUUUGUCUACGUAGAGCCACCGUAGUAAGCGGAAACCAAAAGGACGUUCGGACAAAACCACGCCUCCGUAUUUUUGAUUUUAUUUUAUUAAUUUCAUCAUAACAACAGGAACAAUAAAAAAAACAAGACUUAUAUCACGAAAACAAUACACAUAAAAUAUCCAAGCGCUAGAGGGGAAGAAAAAUAAAUAAAUAAAAUUAUACAAGGUCACGCUUCCGUAAUCCAGGAUUGGCCGUUAUUGUAACGCCCUCUUGCUGAUUGGUUAGAGCACAAAAUCCUAGCCAAUCUCAGCGCAGGAGGAAACAUGGGCGGGAAAAAUAUCGACUAGCAUAAACCAAAUUAAAGUAGGAGUCAGCAGGGUGGAAAUGGACUGCAUUAACGCGAAGUACGUGUCACAGAAGAUAAGUAAGACGCGGUGGAGACCCGUUUUAGCAGCUGCGUUACAGCAGCCCGAAGUGUUCGCCACGGGGUCGUGGGACAAUGAGGAUAAUAAACUCUGUCUCUGGCGUGUGGGAGAGAAUGAAGGCUACACCAUGGAGGAUGAACAGGAGGGAGAGCCGCAGCUGCUGUGUGAAUGUGAACACGGCGGGGAUGUGCUGGACCUCCAGUUCUUAGAUCAAGACAGACUAAUUACAGCAUCGUCGACCGGAGCAGUGACCAUCUACAAACUCCAUCCUGACAGCCAGACUCUGUCUGUGGCUCACGUGUGGGAUCGGGCACAUCAUUAUCAGAGUGCUAACGCUCCAUGCACUGGAGUGGCGUGUAACAGUCCGGAGCUGGUUUCAGUGGGCGAGGACGGGAGAGUCGUCCUCUACAAAGCCGAUCAGAGGGGCAUCGUGCGCGUCAUCGAAAACGCAGACAGCAGCACAAUCCAUGGUGUGACGUUUCUGCGCACGACCGAGGUACUGACGGUGAACUCCAUCGGACAGCUGAAACUCUGGGACUUCAGGCAGCAGGGCAGCGACCCUGCUCAGAUCCUCGCGCUCACCGGCGACAGGGUUCCCUUGCACUGUGUGGACCGACACCCAAACCAGCAGCACAUCGUGGCCACCGGAGGCCAGGACGGCAUGCUGUGUAUUUGGGACGUGAGGCAGGGCAACAUGCCCUUCUCUCUCAUGGAGGCUCACUCUGCGGAAAUGUGGGAGGUGCGUUUUCACCCGACAAACCCAGACCACUUGUUCACCUGCUCGGAAGACGGCUCUCUGCUGCACUGGGAGACCUCCUCGGGGUCUGACGCCCCCUUGUUCCUGCAGGAUUCAGUUUCUUGGCUGAUGAGAUGAACUUCUCCUCUAAUAUUUCCCAGUACAUCGCUCCAUUCACAUUUCCUUCCAUGUCCCAGUACCAUCUGCAGAGAAGCAGACGCAUAUCAUGAUGCUCCCACCACCGUGCUUCACUGUGGAUAACGGUGUUCUUAGGAUCAUACAAACAACCCUUUCUUUCUCCAAACGUGACAAGCUCAAUUACUGCCAGAGAGGUCUAUUUUUGAUUUGUCUGACCAGAGGAUAGUGUUUCAGAAGAAUUCUGAUUUCUCGAAUUGCUUUUAGAUGCAGUUCUCUGUUUCAUGUAUUUAUUUAUUUUUCUGCAUGAGGUGUAAGAAUGGAGAUGAUCGCAAUGUUCCUCGCUUAUCGUUCUCUCUGUAGCUGUUUCUGCUGCUUUCGGGUCGUUUUGCAACUCUUCGAGGACGGAAAAGACAAUGUGUGUUAAUGGAUAUAUGCACUGGAAGUAGUAUUAAGUAACAAAAUCGAAACUUACUUCCCCUCGCUGUACAUAUUACACAUUCGCAGGCUCGAAUUUGGGAGUAAGUGUAGAGUCUUCUGUGUCUCUUUCCACUGUUUUCCAUUACUGUUGUGACUUUAAAAAGCGUGACCUUUUUGAGAUCAGAAGUUCACAUCGUCACCAACUGCCUUUUUUUAAAAAAUAAUUAUUAUAUAUUUAUUUUUUCUGUGAGGUUGAUUUGC